AUGGCCGAUCAAAUACUAUUAGCAAAAGCUCGUAAAGCACGAUUUGAUGAUUUACCAAAUUUUUCUGGACAUCCUUCUGAGGAUGUCGAACGAUUUUUAAAAAGCAUUAAAAAUAUUACAAAAGCAAAGGAUGAAUCAGACAAUCACGAAAUUCUCGAAAUCGUUCGUGGUAAAUUAACACAAUCUGCUGGAUUAUGGUUCGAUAAUAAUGAACAUAAUUUUAAAAAAUGGUCAGAUUUUGAAUUACAAUUUCGAAAUCGUUAUUUUUCAACUACAAUGAUUCAUAAAAAAUUUGAUAAAUUAAAACAACGAACGCAAUCACAUGAUGAAUCAGUUACAUAUUACAUUGAUGAUGUUAUUAAUUUAUGCCGAGAAAUUGAUCCAUAUAUGUCCGACUCAAUUAUUAUUCAACAUUUAAUGAGUGGACUUAAUCCUGAUUUUAGAAAAGAACUUUCUCGACGGGAAUCAUGUAUGAACACUUUAACUGAAUUUUUAAAAUACGCCAAAAUUGAACAAGACUUAUAUGAUACCUUUGAAAAAUCUCGUCAACUAUCAAUCGAAUCUCAACAACCUAAUUUUACAAUUAAUCAUCAACAAAUUCCUUCAUUUACAGCUAUGAUUAAACAACCGAAGCAGCAUUAUUAUUGUACAAAAAACAAUGAUUAUUCACGUCCUUCUUUACAACAGAGCUCUGGUUUUCAGCAGAACUCGAUUCGUCAAUAUGAUAUUCGAUCCAAAAUGACACCAAAUACAAAAACUCGAAACAAUUCACAACGAAUUACAUUUGAUAAUAACCAAUAUAAUAAUCAAUUACCAUUACAACAUAAAUUUAAUAAUUGCAAAAUUUGCAGUCGAAACAAUCACCGAACUAUAGAUUGUUUUUAUAAACAUACAACUGGAUGUUAUAAUUGUGGAAAAAAUCAUAAUGUCCGUGAUUGUACUAAAUUUAUAAAGCCAUCAACAAUAACAUCAUUUCCCGUUUACAUCAAUAUUCGUGUUAAUAAUCAACCAACUGAAGCAAUUGUUGAUACAGGAUCCGCCAUCUCAAUCAUUCGUCUCAAUUUUCUUAAAACUAUCAAUCAUAACAAUUUUAUACAUAAAACUCGUACAUGUCAAACAGCAAAUUCAACAGCUCUUAACAUUAUUGGUCAAAUUAAAUUGGAAAUAAAAAUUAAAUCCAUAACAACUUAUGUUACUACUUAUGUUGCAACAAAUUUAAUUACAUCAAUUCUGUUAGGCAAUGAUUGGAUUAAUUCAAAUCAUGUUCACCUUUUUGGGGACCAGAACAAAUUAACUAUUCCUGAUCAACAUAGCCAAUUAAUAUCAAUUCCAUAUGUACAACCCACGUCUAUUGAUUAUCCAGCAUUAUUAGUUCAUCAAAUUUCUCUUCCUCCAUAUUCACAAAAAUUGGUUGAUAUUAAAUGUCAAGUCAACAAUGCUAACAAUCUGAUAUUCGAACCAUAUGAACGUCAUAUAUCAAAAUUUAUUUUCAUACCACAUACAUUAUUAAAUAUUAACAAAAAUCAAGCCAAAAUAUUAUUAAUAAAUGCCCAAGAUCGACAACAAAUAUUAUCAAAAAAUACACGAAUCGGUACCCUUUCUCGCGACACAACCUUCUCGAUAUAUACAACAUCACAAGCUCCAACAAAAAGUAAUUCGUUUUUAAAUAAAAAUCGUCAAUUAUUAUCUCAAAAUUUGAAAAAAUUAAACAACAGAGCGGUCUUAAAUACAAAAGACAACUCGAAUUCAGCCAAAUUAAAUACUUACUGUCACCGUUGCAAUGAAUAUUUUUUAUCUGGAAAUGAUUUGCAAAAACAUUUACGAGCCGAAUGCUAUUCCGAACAGAUUCGAAAACAAAUACUCGAAUCGACUAAACAUAUAGAAAAUCGAAAACAUCAAUUAGCAAUUCAAGAUAUUUUAUGGCGAAAUAAAAUAUUAUUUGAUCCUACACCAUCAAUUAUUAAUAUUCCUCCACAAUCCGCAAUUAGAACUGGUGAUCAUCCACCUAUUUACUCGAAACAAUAUCCUGCUUCAUAUAAAGAUCAAGAUAUUAAAUUUCAAGAAACACAAAAAUUAUUAGAACGCGGUCAGAUUGAAGAAUCAACCUCUCCAUGGUCAUCACCUAUUGUUCUAGUCAAGAAAAAAGACAAAACAAUGCGAUUUUGCAUUGAUUAUCGACGAUUAAAUGCUAUUACAAUUAAGGAUGCAUCUCCAUUACCUCGUAUUGAUGAAAUUUUUGAUCAAUUAUCCGAUGCAAUAUAUUACACAAAAUUUGAUUUUAAAUCUGGUUAUUUCCAGGUACCUCUAUCGAAAGAGGACCGACCAAAAACUGCAUUUUCAACUCGUGAUAAUCAUUAUCAAUUUACGGUCUUACCUCAAGGAAUUACAAAUGGACCAGCAACAUUUCAACGUGUAAUUAAUCACAUAUUAGGACCCGCACGAUGGAGAUAUGCAUUAGCUUAUAUUGACGAUAUAAUUAUAUAUUCGAAAACAUUCGAAGAACAUUUAAAACAUCUUAAUGAAAUUUGCACAAUAUUAAAAAAUGCUCGAUUUCGUCUUAAUCCCGAUAAAUGUGAAAUUGCCCGAACACAAACCGAUUAUCUUGGACAUAAUAUUAAAAAGGGUGAAAUUCGUCCAAGUCCUCAUAAUAUUAAUGGUUUAUUAAACACGAGAUUACCACAAACUGCAGAUGAAGCUUGCAAAUUUGUCAAAGCAGCUGAAUAUUAUCGCAAAUUUAUUCCCAAAUUUUCUCAAAUCGCUGAACCACUUAGGAAAUUCGUUCCAACUACAAGAACUCAACAAAAGAAAGGACAAAAAACAAUCAUUACAUUAACCCAAAAUGAAAUUCAAGCAUUCGAACAACUUAAACAUUUUCUUACAACCGACUUAGUGUUACGAUUACCGAACAAUAGAUUCCCUUUCAAGGUCCAAACGGAUGCUUCAGAUGAGGGAAUCGGUGCAGUACUCUUACAAAAUUAUCCAGAUGGUGAUAGACCGAUUGCAUAUCUUUCGAAGAAAUUUACACAAGCACAACGUAAAUGGUCUCCAAUGGAACAAGAAUGUUAUGCAUUUAUAUGUGCAUUAGAUAAAUGGCAUAAUUAUUUAAGUGGAAUUAACUUUACUUGGGAAACUGAUCAUAAAGCACUCACACAAUUAAAUCAAAAAGCUCAAGUUAAUAAACGAUGUGAAAGAUGGAGAUUAAAAAUUUUAGAAUAUGAUUUCAAGGUGAAAUACAUUCCAGGUUUAACAAAUUCUAUGCCUGAUUAUUUAUCAAGAUCUCCAGUUGACGACGCUGAAGAAGAUCCUGAUGAAACUACACAUCUUAUUUCACAGUCCACACAAACUGAUCUUUUAUAUGACAACAAAAAUUCACCGAUUAUUGCAGCUGUUCAAACUCGUGCUAUGAAAUUACGGAAUCAAAAUUCGGAUAAUACAAAUGAUACAAAUGAUAUAACAAAAUUAACAUCGGAUUCUCUAAUCCCUAAUUUAUCAAAUUUAUCAUCAAAUACGUCCACAACAGAGAAUCGUAUACUUCCGCUUUCAAUUAAAGAAUUAAUUCAAGCUCAACAAAAUGAUAAUUAUGCAACAAAUAUUCUGAACAAUAUCAAGAAAUAUAAAAAUUAUAUGAUAAAAGAUAAUCUUUUAAUGCGUCGAUGUAAAUAUCCAGUUCCUUAUGUACCACAAGGUGAUCUUCGACGAACGAUUUUACACAUAUAUCAUGAUACAACAGCAAACGGUGCUCAUUUUGGAAGAAAUAAAACUUUACAUAAAAUUAAACAACGUUAUUUUUGGCCAUCUAUGUAUAAAGAUAUUGAAAAUUAUAUUAAAUCAUGUAUUCAAUGUGCACAAUUUAAUCCUCGUCGUCAAAAAACUCCUGGUGCUUUAAGACCGAUUAAACCUCCUGAUGGAGUUUGGCAAUUAGUAUCAAUGGAUUUUCAUGGACCGAUUACUCCAACAUCACAACGUGGGAAUAAAUAUAUUAUAUCUCUCACCGAUGUUUUAUCAAAAUUCGUCGUUACAAAAGCUGUACGUGAUAACACAACUCAAACAGCUGUUCGAUUUCUUAAAGAGGAUAUUAUUUCAAAAUUCGGAACACCUCGUUGUAUUCUUACUGAUAAUGGAACACAUUUUACAUCAACAAUGAUGGAUGAAUUAAUUAAACAAAUUGGAACAACACAUCUUUAUUCAACACCUUAUCAUCCGCAAACCAAUGGUCAAGUUGAACGAUACAAUUCAACAAUGGAUGCGAAGAUCGCAGCAUUAUCAAAUUUAAGAAAAACCGAUUGGGAUGAUCAAUUACCAUUUGUUACAUUUAACUAUAAUGCUUCAAUUCAUUCAUCAACAAAACAAAUACCAUUCGAAAUGAUGUAUGGUCGAUUACCUGUUUUACCAUUCGAUCAUCAAGAUGUAAAUGUUACACUUACAUAUGAUUCAGAACAUGCAAAAAAGCUUCAAUAUUUUUUAUCAAAAUUAAAUGAACAAGCUAAACUCAAUAUUAUAAAAAAUCAACAACGAUAUAAACAACGAUAUGAUAUAAACCGUUCUGAUCCAUCAUACAAUAUUGGUGAUUUAGUCCUCGUUAAAACACUCAGCAUUCGUUAUAAGUUCGACAUUCGUUAUGAAGGACCAUUUAGAAUUAUUAAAAAACUUACAUCGAAGACAUUUAUUAUUCAACACGUCAAGAAACAAACAUUAUAUCGUCAAGUUACAACUGACGUGUUGCUUCCAAUAUUCGAACGAAUUUAUUAA